AUGUUAACCUUCUCAAUUGCAAAACAUUUAAAAGCUAGAUCUUUAUUACCUUCUUCUACUUAUUUUAUCCAAAGAACCAUGUCUACUAUGAAAGCUGUUGUCGUUGAAGAAUAUGGUGGUCUUGAUAAACUUAUCUACAAGGAUAUUGAAAAGCCUACUGCAAGCAAAGACUCUGUUGUCAUCAAGAAUCAUAUUGCAGGUGAUGCUGGUGAAGUGACCGAAGUAGGUGAAGGUGUUACAGAUUUUAAAGUGGGUGAUCGCGUUGUUCAUUUGGCAGGUUCUGGAUAUGCUGAGUACACUGAGGCUCCUACCUCCACAGUUGAAAAGAUCACUCAUGAUAUCUCAUAUGAAACUGCUACAGCUGCUGCCAUUCAAGGAUUGACUGCUUUGACUUUGGUCCGUGAUGGAUACCCUGUGAAAAAAGAUGAUUAUAUUCUGGUACAUGCUGCAGCUGGUGGUGUUGGACUUUUGCUCUGUCAAUUAGGAAAACAUUUGGGUGCACAUGUCAUUGGUACUGCCAGUACAGAUGAAAAGUGUGCUUUAGCCAAGGAAAAUGGAGCCGAAUUCACUAUCAAUUCUAGCAAAGAAGAUAUUGUGCAACGGGUGAAUGAAAUCACAAAUGGUGUUGGUGUACAUGCUUCAUUGGAUGGUGUAGGAAAAGCGACCUUUGAUAUCUCUUUGGCCAGUACUCGUCGAUUAGGUACUUUGAUUACUUUUGGUAAUGCUUCUGGACCAGUACCUCCUGUCAAUCUUUCGGUCUUGACUCAAAAAAAUCUCAAGUUGAUGCGACCUACUCUCUACAAUUACUUGGCUACCAGGGAAGAAUCAAGAAGAUGGUAUGAUGAAUUGUUUGCUCUUAUCAAACAAGGUGUGCUCAAGUUCCAUAUCCACAAGGUGUAUGAUCUCAAGGAUGCUCAACAAGCCCAAAAAGAUAUUCAAGAUAGAGUAACUACUGGCAAACUUUUACUUCGACCUUAGUUAGGUAUAUAUAAUUAUGGAUGCAGUUAGUUUAAUUUAUUUUUUUUCUAUUUCAAUAAACUACGGAAAUUCCUCGAUCA